AUGCCGCCGGCUGUCGUGCCCGUCGAAGACGGCGGCUGCGGCGGCGCCAAGAAGGAGGAGGCCGUCUGCGAAAGCUGCCACGUCGCGUGGUCGGCGUGGCUGACCCGCCUCGGCCGGUGCCUCCUCGCCUCCACGCUCCACCCGUGUCACGCCGCGCUCGGCCUCUCCCCGCCGCCGGCGCCCUGCUUCGCCUCUUCCCCCGCCGUCGUCCGGGGCACGCUCUUCCUCCCGUCAACCGGCGACCGCCGCGUCCGCCUCUUCCUGCACGAGCACGCGGCGCCCGCGGAGACCGCCGCGCCCGCGCCGAUCCUGGUCCUCGACCUGCCGGCCGGCCUCGUGGGCGCGGACAUCGCCGCCGCCGGCAGGAUCGUGCUCGAGUGCCAGCGGGAGUGGGCCGGCAGCGGAGGCGCUCUCCUGGAGUCGCCGAAGUGGCUGGUGUACUGCAACGGCAGCCGCGUGGGGUUCGCGGCGAGGCGGGAGACCAUGUCCGACGGGGAGGGGUGGGCGAUGGAGAAGCUCUGGGCCGUGACCGCCGGCGCGGGGCGGCUUCCCGGCGGAGGGGUGGAGUACCUGCGGGGCCAGUUUGAGAGGAUCGUCGGGUCGGCCGACGCGGAGUCGUUCCACCUCGUGGAGCCGCUGGGGUGGCUGGGAGUUCACGGCGACGGCGGCCUUAGCGUCUUCUUCCAUCGGAUUUGA